GGAGGCCCGGAGUCCGGCGCCGCCGCCCCCUCGCGGGACCAUGUAUUCGGCCGAGAGGCGGCUGCUGCCCGCGCCCGGCGCCGCCCGGGGCCUCGGCAUGUUCGUGUGGACCAACGUGGAGCCGCGUUCCGUGGCCGUGUUCCCCUGGCACUCGCUGGUGCCCUUCCUGGCGCCCAGCCAACCCGACCCCUCCGUCCAGCCCAGUGAGGCCCAGCAGCCGGCCAGCCACCCCGUCUCCUCCGGCCAGAGCAAAGAACCCGCCGAGUCUGCAGCGGUAGCCCACGAGCAGCCCCCCGGGGGCGCCGGGGGCGCCGAGCCGGGCCGGCCCCCGGGGGCCGCCUGUCCCGGGAGCCCGGCCCCCGGCCCCCCUCAGCCGCCCGCCGGGGCCGCAGCGGAACUGAGCAGGGUCGCCCCCCAGCAUCCCGAAGACGAGGCCCCGGGGCCGGCGGGGGAGUCGCGGCUGGACAGCGAGACGGAGAGCGAUCACGAUGACGCGUUCCUCUCCAUCGUGUCCCCCGAGAUCCAGCUGCCGCUGCCGCCGGGCAAGCGCCGGACCCAGUCCCUGAGCGCCCUGCCCAAGGAGCGGGACUCCUCUUCCGAGAAGGACGGCCGCAGCCCCAAUAAGCGAGAGAAGGACCACAUCCGGCGCCCCAUGAACGCCUUCAUGAUCUUCAGCAAGCGGCACCGGGCCCUGGUGCACCAGCGCCACCCCAACCAGGACAACCGCACGGUCAGCAAGAUCUUGGGCGAGUGGUGGUACGCGCUGGGGCCCAAGGAGAAGCAGAAGUACCACGACCUCGCCUUCCAGGUGAAGGAGGCCCACUUCAAGGCCCACCCGGACUGGAAAUGGUGCAACAAAGACCGGAAGAAGUCGAGUUCCGACGUCAAGCCGGCGGCCCCGGGGAUGGGGGGCGGCCACAAAGAGAUGCGGGAGCGCAGCAUGUCGGAGACCGGCACCGCCGCCGCCCCCGGAGCGUCCACGGAGCUCCUGUCCGCCGCGGCCCACACCUUGCUGGCCUCCGAGGCCAAGGCCCCGGGCUCCGGGGGCGCCGAGCGAAUCCUCCCCGGCGGCGGCCCCGGCCCCGUGCGGCCCCGGGCCUUCUCCCACAGCGGGGUCCACGGCCUGGAGGGCGGGGAGGCGGACGGCCAGGCCCUGCAGGAGCUCACCCAGAUGGUGGCCGGCCCGACCCCCUUCGCGGGCCAGAAGCCCCCCUCCCAGUACGGGGGUCCCGGCCCGUUCGCCGCCCCUGGAGACGCGGGAGCCCUGGCCGGGGGCGGGAGGCCUCCCCCGCUGCCGGCCCGGACCUCCCGCUCCCAGCGCGCGGCCAGCGAGGACAUGACCAGCGACGAGGAGCGCAUGGUCAUCUGCGAGGAGGAGGGGGACGACGACGUCAUCGCGGACGACGGCUUCAACGCGGCCGACAUCGACCUCAAGUGUAAGGAGCGCGUGACGGACAGCGAGAGCGGGGACAGCUCCGGGGAGGACCCGGAGGGCGGCAAGAUCCUGGGGCGGAAGCUGUACUCGCCCGUGAUCCGUUCCUCCUCGCUCUCGGCUGCCUUCACCCACUGCCGCCCGCCCCUGGACCCCGAGCCGCCGGGGCCCCCCGACCCCUCCGCCUUCCCCAAGGGCUACGGCCCGUCGCCCUCCUCCUCGUCGUCCUCGUCCUCCUCCUCGUCCUCUUCUACCUCCUCCUCCUCGGCGUCGUCCUUCCAGCUGGCCCCGGGCCCCUUCAAGCCCCAGGAGCCGGGGCGGGGAGGCGUGGGGGGGCCUCUGCGGGUGCCGCCCCCGCCGGGGGGAGGCCCGGCCCCACCCAAACCCCGCUUCCUCCCGGCCGAGGGCGGCCCCUACCGCCGGCGGCGGCCCGAGAGCGCCGGGGGCGCCGAGGCCUCCCCGCCGUUCCCCGGGGCCUCGGUGAUCGCCUCCCCGCCCGGCGGGGCCGGCGGCGUGUUGCAGGCUCUGGUCCUGCCGCCCGGCGGGGGGCUCUACCCGGCCAAGGACGCUUCCGAGCGGGACCCCGGGGGCCGGCUCCCCUCGGCCACGGUGCUGGUGACUGCCCCGCCCGCGCUGGGCGGCGGGGGCCUGGGUUACGGGGCGCUCCCCGCCCCCCCGCGCCCGGCCCCCACCGUGGUCACCAACGUGGUCCGUCCGGUGAGCAGCACCCCGGUGCCCAUCGCCUCCAAGCCCUUCCCCGGGGGCGGGCCGGGCGCGCCGGGCCUGCCGGCCGAGGGCCUCCACGGCAAGGCGGAGGCCGCCGGGAGGGUGCCCGGGGGCUCCCCGCUGGGCCUCGUCUACGCCGACAAGAAACCCCCCGGCCCGGCCGUCCCCCCGGCGGCCCCCCACCUGGUGGCGGGGCCCCUCUUAGGGGUGGGCAAGACCCCGGCCGCCGUCACCAACCUCCUGGUGGGCGCCCAGGGCUACGGGGCCGGGCCCCCCUCCGCCCUGCAGUUCAUCGCCCAGGGGAGCCCGGCCGGCGGGCCGGGGAGCGCCGGGCCCGCCCCGGGCGGCGGCCCCAACGGCCCGGUGCCCCUGGGCAUCCUGCAGCCCGGCCCGCUGGGCAAGGCCGGGGGCAUCACCCAAGUGCAGUACAUCCUGCCCACCCUGCCCCAGCAGCUGCCGGUGGCCCCCGGGGCCAAAGCGGGGCCGGGGGCCGGGGGGCCGGCGGCCGGGGGGGCCACGGCCAGCAUCCACUUCGCCCUGCCCCCCGGCGGCACCGCCAACGGCAAGGUCCUGGCCGCCGCCGGCCCCGCCCCCGCCAUCCCCAUCCUGCAGCCCGGACCCGCCGCCACCGCCCCCUCGGGGGCCGGGCCCAAAGCCCAGUCGGCGUCCCCGGUGCAGGCCCCGCCCGCCGGCGGCUCGCCUCAGCUGCUGCCCGGCAAGGUGUUGGUGCCCCUGGCCGCCCCGGGGGUGGCGGUGCGGGGCGGGGGAACCGGCCAACCCCUGCCCCUCGUCAGCCCGCCCUUCUCCGUGCCCAUGCAGAACGGAGCGCAGCCGGCCAGCAAGAUCAUCCAGCUCACUCCGGUGCCCGGAUCCGCUCCCGGCGGCCUGGUGCCCCCCCUCAGUCCGGCCGCUCUCUCCGGUCCCACCUGUCAGUCCCAGAAGGUCAUCCUGCCCUCGUCCACCAGGAUCACCUACGUCCAGUCGUCGGCGGGCCACCCGCUGCCCCUGGGCGCCGGCCCCGCCCCCGGCCCUCCCAGCUCCGUGGCCCUGGGCUUCACCACGGUGGGCCCCGCCGGGCAGGCCCUCGUCCAGCCCCUGCUGGCCGGCCAGGCCCCCCUGCAGGUGGGGAUGUCACCCGUGCCCAGCCCCCAGCUGCCGCCGGCCUGUGCCGGGGGCGGGGGGCCCGUGAUCACGGCCAUCUACCCGGGCGGCCCGGGGACCCCCUCGGCCGUGCCCCUGGCGCAGCCCCCGCCCCCCGCCCCGCCGGGGCUGCUCUACACCGUGGCCGCCAGCACCGCCGCCCCUCCGGCCGCCAUCCUGCCCAAGGGCGGGGCCCCCGGGCCGGUCGCCCCCGCCUCCUGCCAGGCUCCCACCAGCCCCUUCCCCAGCGCCACAGGUUCGGUGGCCUACAGCCUGGUGGCCCCCAAGCCCCAGCGCCCGGCCCCCAAGCCCCCCCAGAAGGUGAAAGCGGCCAUCGCCAACAUCCCCGUGGGCUCCUUCGAGGCGGGGACCCCCGCCCGGCCCGGCCCGACCCCUCGCCCCCCUCCCGAGGCCAGCCCCGCCCACGAGCCGCCCCCCGAGGCCGAGCCCAAGGAGCGCAGCGAGGCCUGGGACGGGCGGGCCGCCUCGCCCCCGCCCGAAGCCCGGGCCCCCGCCCGCGAGCCCCCCGCGCCCGGGGGCAGCCCCCCUCCUCCGUCGGCUGAGGAACGGCCUGCCGUCAAGGGGUCGGAGCCGGCCACCAAAUUCCCCAGCUCCCCCGACUGGCGGGUCCCAGGGACAGAGAGCAGGACUGAGCCCCCCACGCCCCCCAGCCCCGCCCCCCACCCUGGCAGCGGCCCCGGCGGCGGCGAGGGGGGCAGCGGGCGGGGGGCCGGCAGCAGCGACACCCCGGAGCGCAAGGAGGGGCCCGGGAAGAAGGUGAAGGUGCGGCCCCCGCCCCUGAAGAAGACCUUCGACUCGGUGGACAACAGAGUCCUGUCGGAGGUGGACUUCGAGGAACGGUUUGCCGAGCUGCCCGAGUUCCGGCCGGAGGAGGUGCUGCCCUCGCCCACCCUGCAGUCGCUGGCCACCUCCCCCCGCGCCAUCCUGGGCUCCUACCGCAAGAAGAGGAAGAACUCCACAGACCUGGACUCGGCCCCCGAGGACCCCACCUCCCCCAAGCGCAAGAUGCGCCGCCGUUCCAGCUGCAGCUCCGAGCCCAACACCCCCAAGAGCGCCAAGUGUGAGGGCGACAUCUUCACCUUCGACCGCACAGGCACGGAGGCCGAGGACGUGCUGGGAGAGCUGGAGUACGAGAAGGUCCCCUACUCCUCCCUGCGCCGCACCCUGGACCAGCGGCGGGCGCUGGUCAUGCAGCUCUUCCAGGAUCACGGCUUCUUCCCCUCAGCCCAAGCGACGGCGGCGUUCCAGGCCCGCUACGCCGACAUCUUCCCCUCCAAGGUGUGCCUGCAGCUCAAGAUCCGCGAGGUCCGGCAGAAGAUCAUGCAGGCCGCCACCCCCACGGAGCAGCCCCCGGGCGGGGAAGCCCCGCUCCCCGCCGCCGCCCCCGCGGCCGGCGAGGGGCCGGACUCCCCGUCGGCCGCCGGCCCGGACUCCUCCGCCCCCGCCCCCGUCCCCUGUGCCCCGCCCCAGACCCCCCAGCCCCCGGAGCCCGGUGAGCCGGGCUGGGACGGCCCGCCGCCCCCCUCCCCGCAGCCCCCCGGCCCUUCCACGGCCCCCGGGGGCAGGUGA